CAAAACAAGGCCUCAAAAUACUUCCACCAAGCGAAGAAGAACUGUAGCUGGAAGGGCCAGGGUGGUGAUUAGAGACAUCCUAUGUAUGCCAUUUAGUACACCUCAGCAAGAGGAUAAUUCUUGGAAAGCACCAAGAGGUCAGGACAAGGAGAAAUUGGCUUCUGUCGGGCUGACAGGCAAACUUAAUCUGGACUCUACAUGGAAUUCUCAGGAGGUGCAACAUGAAAUUCGAUCACUCUUCCAAACAACGUUCUGCGCAGAUGGAGAAGAGUUUGUUUUUUCAUUUUUACAGUGUUUGCCAGGUGGAAGGAAACUGAUCAAACCCAACACCUCUGUCAGUUUUUCUUGGAAUGGUGCCGAAGUCAUUAAUCUUGCAGGACAAGGAGCUCUGUACAUUCUUAGUCAUCACAACCUGCCAGAAAGUGAGGAACAUGAAUCACCAAGUAAGGAGACUCUGUCUUUCCUCAGUUCUACCAAUUCAUUGACCCAUCAAAUAAAUCUUGAAAAUGAUGUUCAGCAGCUAGAACAGAAUGUACUACAUCAUAGAACUCCAGUAGUCAGUGCUGAAAGUUUAUUUAAUAGCAUAGUCACGGAGCAUGAUGAUGUAAACAUUUUUGAAGAUGUUCCCCCACUGUCAACUGGCUCAGAGGUGACUACUAGAACAUUAGCUCACAGUGUAGACAGGAGCCCAGAAAGUGUAAUAGCAGAACUUUGCUCCUCAGUUCUUGCUGAUGGAGUUCAGAAUGUCAAGGUCAGACGGAACCAUGCUUUCCAAGAUUUGCUACGUUGGAUGAACCGAGCUGAUUAUGGUUGGGACAAACAUCUUAAUGUUUCUUUUGUUGGAGAACAAGGGCUUGAUUCUGGAGGACCUAGGCGCAAUCUAAUGGAACUGACUGUUCGUGGACUGAUCAACUGGGGAGGACUUUGGUGUGGGAAAGAAGGACACCUCAUUCCAGCUCCUGACUUUUUAACAUUGCAGAACAGAUCCCAUUGUAUGGCAGGGAGGAUUGUUGGCACUGUUCUCGUUCAGAGUUCUCUACAGCUCAAUAUUUUUGCAGAAUCUCUGAUCAACACCAUUGCAGGAAUCAACCAGUGGUUUGUAGAGGAUGUUGCUGAUGAAACUGUCCAAAUGUAG